AUGUCGACCCCUGUCCAAAAGCUGUGUCUCCUUCUACCGCUUUUACUAGUCUUGUCAGGACAAGCUGAUGCAUUCGGAGCCGGAAACAUUGCUUCAAUAUCCCGUAUCGAGGGUCAGAAUUGGCGUCAUGGUGACAUUGAAGACACACUGUUGACCUUGUUCUUGGCCCGCGUCGCAGGCGGCCGUAAAUUUAGCAAGCUCGAUGUGCAACGCUCAGGCUAUGUUGAUGUUGGCACUUUGAAAUAUGUAAGCGCUGAAGCCAUAGGUAUCUUAAUCUGGGUGCUAGGGUUCUUGAGUUUCGGUUAUAGGACCAGGGAAUUCGAGGUGACUACGGAACGCCUAGGAUGUUACGAGCCUACAGAGCAUAUAGAUAACCCUCUCGGCUAUGCUGAAGGAAAAGGUGCUCGGGACUAUGAUCGUCGACUCAGGGGUCCAGUUGAUGAGGAGCGCGAGUUAUCGAUUGACCCUAGGACAGGCCUCAAAAACUACAUAGCAAGAGAGGACAUUGAUAUUGCUACAUCCGCAAGCUUUGUACGGCGCGUCUUCCAUCGUUCGGUGCAGCUCGGCCGCCAAUAUACGAGGUCGCGGAACGAAGAAGAUUUGCACGAAGCGCUCCUCCUUCUCGGAACUGGCCUGCAUUGUCUAGAGGACUAUGCAGCACAUUCCAAUUAUACAGAGCUGAGCCUUAUUGAGUUGGGCGAAUCCAACGUUUUCCCCCACGUCGGUCGUAAUACAAAAGUUGAGCUCCAUAGUGCGCAGAACGACAUUUACCCCAUUGUUACUGGUACUUUCGGCGGGGUGGACUUUUUCCAUUCUGUACUGGGGGAGCUAUCCGAUAAGGUCACACAGUCUGAAGUCCAAUCUUUGGACGGCGUCAUCGCUGAUUCACAGAGUGGCACUCCUUUUGAGGGCUUCAUACAGGAUCUCCUCAGCAAAAUACCCGCUGGAUUGAUAGGUGACAGUGAAGGCCAGGCGAUUAAAAUGCGGGAAUUCAAGGCACAGUCUGAAAACGCUCGAGAGAAUAGCCAUAGUGUGUCGCCGCGUGAGCCAGAGGAAUGGACACGUCAUUUAGAUGAAGUGCAUCAACAAAUCUACCCCGUUAGGAUACCCAUUUUACCAGGACUGGUCGAGCAAAUUCAAGAACAGAUAACUAUGUUUGUCUUUUCUGUUCUAGCACCCUACGUUCUCCCCAUCAUCAAGCAAGUCAAAGUUGAGCUUCAAACAGGUUCCUCUGAAGUUAUUCAAAGUAGCAGAGAGCAACAACAUAUAGUCUUUGAUGAUGACAAUUCAUCAAACCCCACUCAUUCCAUGCUGUCUAAGGACCAUUUUGCAAACGUUCUGAAUGAACCAGCAGGUCGGAUAGCCUCCCAAAUUAUCAAGACCUUGGACAGAAUAAUCUUAGGCGUUUUCCAUCACUCAGCCCUUCGUGAGUACGGAGAAGACGGUGCAGCCGACGUACGCCAGAUUAUGUUUCGUACUGUGGAAGAAUGGUGGCAUGCAAAGACCGAGGAAGAGCGGGACUACCUCCGCGAGCAGCUCACUCGUCAAGGCGUAUUUGAAGGAAAGAACCAUAAAGAAGGAGUGUAUGACACCGGCCAUGGCUGCGGUAAGCCACUUACGUUAUGCAAAGGCAACCAUAAUAUCUCGGAUGAACCCAGUGGAUCUACACUCGAAGGCCUUGUUAGCGGCCUUGUAGGUAGUGUUGGAUCUUUACUAUUGAAAGAUUCCGGGGCACGUUCUUCAAUCGGUGCAGCCGGGGAGGAUAUAAGCCAUAGACACGGAACCUUUGAGAAUCCUGAGGAGCAACAACACCAAUAUGGUCAACAGUCACCAUAUCAGGAAGCAUCACUUAGAGAAGAUUGGUGUCCUCGAAAAGAUAGAUAUGAGGAUGAGGAUGAAGGAGAGCUGUGUGAAAACCGUCCCAGCUACAACUUUGAAUCUUCAGAGCGUCGAGAAAACCGAAAGCGAGACGAUUAUAACCAAUACACACCUCGGCCUGAUAUUAGCAGCCAGCCUUUUUAUAGCGAUGGCGAUAGGUAUCAUUACGGCCGCCCUGUACGUGGUGAGUAUGGCGGUGAAUCUAUAGAUUCACAUGAUGACAAUGAUGGUCAUUUCCCCUACAGGGAUACAGAAAUGCAAAACUAUGAAGAUGGCAGGCCUUAUCAAGUUUAUACCUCUCAAUACAAUAACACUCAAGGAGGCCACGGUGGGUUUAGAGGCGAUGAGUAUGACUCGCAAGAGGAUGGUGCAGACCAUUAUAGCAGGAAUGAUGACUACACCGGACGGCAGUAUGAAUAUGGGCGGCGUUAUGAUGCAGAAUUGGGCGGUUAG